AUGCAAGGAGGGACACAAACGAACAGUACACCCUCCCCCCUCCUGAAAGAGCCAAGGAGAGAGAGAGAGAGAGAGAGAGAGAGAGAGAGAGAGAGAGAGAGAGAGAGAGAGAGAGAGAGAGAGAGAGAGAGAGAGAGAGAGAGAGAGAGAGAGAGAGAGAGAGAGAGGCACAGAGGGGAGAUAAUUAGGGGGUGUUAAAAAGGAGGGGAAAGUUUGGUGAGAAUAAAAUAAGAAGCUGGUGUGGGAGAGAGAAAGAGAGACAGAGAGGGAGAGAGAGAGAGAGAGAGAGAGAAUGUGAGAGUUAAGAAAAUAACAAAGAAGAGUGAAGAGGGAGAGCGGGAAGAGACAUUAGAUAUCCUAUUAUUCUUCAAUUCAGGUAUAGUAAAAGAGUACUACUAGCAUUGGUUUGUUUAAGUUUUCUUUCACUUGGUUGCUAUGGUGCUAAGUUUGAGAGCAUGACUGUUCUAAUGUUUCUCACUUUCUCACAACCACGGAAAAUAUGAUGAAUGAUUGAUUAACAUAGUCAACAUCAACUCAGAUAAAGCCAUACAACAACUUGAAUAGUUUAGAUUGGUUGAUGUGUUAUUCUAUGGAUGAAAGUAUGUGGAAGCUAAAAGGAGGACUAGCAUAUGUUGAGAGUUCAGCUUAGGUUCCCACAGAUUUGUCUGGCAUCCUGCCAACUGAGAAGAGAGCACUAGCUGGUGGAGACUUUUUUUAAGUCCUUGAGAAUCAGCCUUAUUAGUUUAUUUCUCUGUGAACCAGUUGUCCUACGUACAUUAUCUCUCUGUGAACCAGUUGUCCUACAGUACAUUAUCUCUCUGUGAACCGGUUGUCCUACAGUACAUUAUCUCUCUGUGAACCGGUUGUCCUACGUACAUUAUCUCUCUGUGAAUCAGUUGUCCUACAGUACAUUAUCUCUCUGUGAACCGGUUGUCCUACGUACAUUAUCUCUCUGUGAACCGGUUGUCCUACAGUACAUUAUCUCUCUGUGAACCAGUUGUCCUACAGUACAUUAUCUCUCUGUGAACCAGUUGUCCUACAGUACAUUAUCUCUCUGUGAACCAGUUGUCCUACAGUACAUUAUCUCUCUGUGAACCAGUUGUCCUACAGUACAUUAUCUCUCUGUGAACCAGUUGUCCUACAGUACAUUAUCUAUCUGUGAACCAGUUGUCCUACAGUACAUUAUCUCUCUGUGAACCGGUUGUCCUACAGUACAUUAUCUCUCUGUGAACCGGUUGUCCUACAGUACAUUAUCUCUCUGUGAACCAGUUGUCCUACAGUACAUUAUCUCUCUGUGAACCAGUUGUCCUACGUACAUUAUCUCUCUGUGAACCAGUUGUCCUACAGUACAUUAUCUCUCUGUGAACCAGUUGUCCUACAGUACAUUAUCUCUCUGUGAACCAGUUGUCCUACAGUACAUUAUCUCUCUGUGAACCAGUUGUCCUACAGUACAUUAUCUCUCUGUGAACCAGUUGUCCUACAGUACAUUAUCUAUCUGUGAACCAGUUGUCCUACAGUACAUUAUCUCUCUGUGAACCGGUUGUCCUACAGUACAUUAUCUCUCUGUGAACCGGUUGUCCUACAGUACAUUAUCUCUCUGUGAACCGGUUGUCCUACAGUACAUUAUCUCUCUGUGAACCAGUUGUCCUACAGUACAUUAUCUCUCUGUGAACCAGUUGUCCUACAGUACAUUAUCUCUCUGUGAACCAGUUGUCCUACGUACAUUAUCUCUCUGUGAACCGGUUGUCCUACGUACAUUAUCUCUCUGUGAACCAGUUGUCCUACAGUACAUUAUCUCUCUGUGAACCAGUUGUCCUACGUACAUUAUCUCUCUGUGAACCGGUUGUCCUACGUACAUUAUCUCUCUGUGAACCAGUUGUCCUACGUACAUUAUCUCUCUGUGAACCGGUUGUCCUACGUACAUUAUCUCUCUGUGAAUCAGUUGUCCUACAGUACAUUAUCUCUCUGUGAACCAGUUGUCCUACGUACAUUAUCUCUCUGUGAACCGGUUGUCCUACGUACAUUAUCUCUCUGUGAACCAGUUGUCCUACAGUACAUUAUCUCUCUGUGAACCAGUUGUCCUACGUACAUUAUCUCUCUGUGAACCAGUUGUCCUACGUACAUUAUCUCUCUGUGAACCGGUUGUCCUACGUACAUUAUCUCUCUGUGAACCAGUUGUCCUACGUACAUUAUCUCUCUGUGAACCAGUUGUCCUACGUACAUUAUCUCUCUGUGAACCGGUUGUCCUACGUACAUUAUCUCUCUGUGAAUCAGUUGUCCUACGUACAUUAUCUCUCUGUGAACCGGUUGUCCUACGUACAUUAUCUCUCUGUGAAUCAGUUGUCCUACGUACAUUAUCUCUCUGUGAACCAGUUGUCCUACGUACAUUAUCUCUCUGUGAACCGGUUGUCCUACGUACAUUAUCUCUCUGUGAAUCAGUUGUCCUACGUACAUUAUCUCUCUGUGAACCAGUUGUCCUACGUACAUUAUCUCUCUGUGAAUCAGUUGUCCUACAGUACAUUAUCUCUCUGUGAACCGGUUGUCCUACGUACAUUAUCUCUCUGUGAACCGGUUGUCCUACAGUACAUUAUCUCUCUGUGAACCAGUUGUCCUACGUACAUUAUCUCUCUGUGAACCGGUUGUCCUACGUACAUUAUCUCUCUGUGAACCAGUUGUCCUACAGUACAUUAUCUCUCUGUGAACCAGUUGUCCUACGUACAUUAUCUCUCUGUGAACCAGUUGUCCUACAGUACAUUAUCUCUCUGUGAACCAGUUGUCCUACGUACAUUAUCUCUCUGUGAACCAGUUGUCCUACAGUACAUUAUCUCUCUGUGAACCAGUUGUCCUACAGUACAUUAUCUCUCUGUGAACCAGUUGUCCUACAGUACAUUAUCUCUCUGUGAACCGGUUGUCCUACGUACAUUAUCUCUCUGUGAACCGGUUGUCCUACGUACAUUAUCUCUCUGUGAACCGGUUGUCCUACGUACAUUAUCUCUCUGUGAACCAGUUGUCCUACGUACAUUAUCUCUCUGUGAACCAGUUGUCCUACGUACAUUAUCUCUCUGUGAACCGGUUGUCCUACAGUACAUUAUCUCUCUGUGAACCAGUUGUCCUACGUACAUUAUCUCUCUGUGAAUCAGUUGUCCUACGGUACAUUAUCUCUCUGUGAACCAGUUGUCCUACAGUACAUUAUCUCUCUGUGAACCAGUUGUCCUACGUACAUUAUCUCUCUGUGAACCAGUUGUCCUACAGUACAUUAUCUCUCUGUGAACCAGUUGUCCUACAGUACAUUAUCUCUCUGUGAAUCAGUUGUCCUACGUACAUUAUCUCUCUGUGAACCGGUUGUCCUACAGUACAUUAUCUCUCUGUGAAUCAGUUGUCCUACGGUACAUUAUCUCUCUGUGAACUGGUUGUCCUACAGUACAUUAUCCUUCUGUAUCUUUCUGUCUGUUGUAUCCUGUGCCUCCUCCUGUAUGGGUUUACAUGGUAAUAAUGCGGGAGUUAAUUCCUAUUUGUGGUUAUAAUCUUUCCAUUUCUGUCCCACAGAGAAGAUGUCAUUCUGCUGGAACUUGGUUGCUCUGCUCCUUCUACUACUACUGACCCCUGACCUGCUUCCCACCAACCUCAUCAACACCCGCCCCCUCCUCACACACGCCAUCCCCACCUACCCGCCGGUCACACUCCCCAAGAUCCAAUAUGUUACCGGCGUGGGCUUCAACUACGACGAAGAUGACUACACUGAAGAGGAUGCUUCCCAUUUGCCUCCCAAUUACAGCAAAGCCUCAUCAGCUUCUACUCUGGUUCCGAUGCAGCCCAGGCCCUGUGACUACCACCCCUGCCAGGACAACCAGGUCCCCUGCUCCCAGCUCUCUGCCCAGACCGGGUGCCUCUGCCCUGGGCUAAGUGGGGCAGACAAGCCCCCUCACGCUCCACACCUCCAGAAGCUAGUACCAGGCUCUGAUGGGGGGGCAGAGGUACGGUGGUGCGCCCCAGCCUCUGUGGUAUCUGGGUACCGGGUCGUGAUCGAAGAUCGAAAGGGAGCGCCUCUCCAGUUCAGGGGUGAUUCUCGGAGCGGGGUGCUGGAGGAACUAGAGGCAGGUGUCAAGGUGUGUGUGGAGGCAGUGAACAUAGCGGGAACCAGCGCCCCCUCAGAGCUCUCCUGCCUGCGCUACGACCCCCCUGAGGCCACCAACCUGGCCCUAAGGGCAGGUGUCAUCGGAGGGGGGCUGGGAUUUCUCCUGCUCCUCUCCCUGGUCGCCCUGAUCCUCUGGAGGCGACAGACGUGUAAAACUGGGGAAAACUCUGCAGAGGGACUGGGGAACCCCUCCUACAGCACAGAGGGAACGCUGUGAUCCAGUUUUGGGAUUACACACGGUACAGUGACUCAGUAGCACAGGCGACCCUUAGAGAGAAUGUAGGAGUUAAGCAACGGGACAGAGCCAAAAUGGCUUCACCCACCACUGACUCACCAGCAUAGUGCUCAGGUUGUUCAGAAUCUUGCACUUAUGAAUAUAGAAAUUAAACAAUAACUUUUGACUUUUGUGGACUAAAUAACCCUAACAAAAGCUUAAGAGGCUUUGUGACUAAAGAGACUGCAGGUUGCUUGCUGGCAAAUUAACUUGUGUACCAUAGGAUCAUGACAGGGAAAAGUUAUGGCAGUCGAAUUAAUGUGUAGAAUAAAUAAAACUGACUGAAUACUCAUUAUGAAUUUUAAAAAAGCAAUUGUUAUUUUCUAAUAAAAGUG